AUGUUAAAAGCGAGUGAAAAUCUGAGCAAUUGGUCUAAUUUACUGGAAGUUGCAACAACCUGGAUCUGUCUUCUGGUUCACUGGCCCUUCCACUCUGCCUGGUUGAGUCUUUUUCUUGAGGAACACUAUUUAUCCGGUGGGGCUGGUCAGACAAUGCGACAGCGAAUUCGCAUUCCUGGGAUCAUUGGAAGCGAUGGUGACAGUUCCGAUGACGAUGAUGAUGAUGAUGAUGAGAAUACUGCAUCGACAGCAAGUCAGCCUGUUCUGCCAGAAGACACAUUGCCCAUGCUUUAUUCGCGUGUUCUGGAACGACUGGCACCCGCUUUAUCUGCAUGCCGAUCAAGAGGAGGAGCUCUCUCGUCUCAGAUACAAUCUCCCGCAUCUCACCGAUCGCACUCUUCAUCUGGAGGCUGGCAAAACACUGCUGGGGGGUUGCAAACAGGCGCUGCGCUUCGACUCAGUGAGCUUGCUUCACGUGAUUGUGGACCCGAUCGACUUGCAUCUCUUCUCCGCUAUCGACCAAGAGCAAGGGCUCCUAGUCUUACCGCCAAUGCUGCACGACCAAGUAUAUCAGUUCGUCAUUUAGUGGCUGUCAUGGCAUCUUCGCCAUUAAUGAAUCCAAAGACACGGGCUCGUAUUCAAGCUUUCUUAAAUCGACGCGGAUUCUCUCUCAUAAGAAGCAGCAGUCGUGAUUUACAUGUACACCGGAGUUUGCAGUCCUUAAGAGAUCGGGACCUUGAACUACUGCCAAUAUCAAUUAAUCCUCCAAAAACAGUUAGACCUUGUCCAGUGCGAUUAAAGAAUGGAGUACCAAGGAAGCCGUUGAGUAAAAUGACCGUGAAUGACGUCUGCCGUUUGGUUGACGAUAUGAUCGAUCUAUAUAGCAACCAUUGUCCUCAUCGAACAAGAACUAACUCCGAAUCUACCUCCGACACUCCGACUGAAAAUAACAGACACCAGACAACUCCCCAAUUCAUCUCCCGAUCGACUUCAAUAGCCGCUUAUUUUCUUCGUCUUCGAGCUCUUAACAUAAGUGGGGCUGUAUUAACGGUCUGCAGUUUGAAUGAAUCUCUGCGAAGGGAGAUUGGAAUGACCUUUGGAGACUGGCAACUCUUUACGAAACUGAUCAACCACCUCAAGAUGCUGGAAAAUGAAAAUAUACCGAAUCCGCCAACUCCACAGCACAAUUGUCAAUGUGCCCGAUCAAUGGGAGAUUUGGCAAGUAUCCAUCAUACGCAUUGGCAUCAUACUCAUCCAAAUCAACAUGGCUCUAGCAAACCUAAUCACAACACCUGGACGUCAGAAUCAAUACUAGGAGCAGCAACAAAAUGGAGGCAUGGAAAUGAUUCUUCCCCUUCACCAAUUAAUAAUGGAAGUUCCGCAAGUAGUAGCAUAGUGAGUGGAAGUUGCAUGUCUGCAGAUCCAAAUUGGAGAGGUCACGGUUUAUCAAAUCAGGAAGAAACCUGCCAUCUUUCUGGGGGAAGUUGCUCAGUGUACUCUGCUGAACUUUCCUGUUCCAUCUCGUCUUCAGAGGAUACUAUCCCCUCGAAUGCCUCAUCGCCUUCUCUCUCCUCUCUUCACUCUUCAACACUCCAAGAUGAAACGCUUUCUCAAGAUAAAAUAUCUAAUAAGCAUUGGAGAUAUGACGUGAAUGUAUAA